AUUCACUGUCUCUCUCGCUCUCUCUUCUGGUGGCGACUUGUUUUUGUUUAUUUAUUAAAAGGUUUAUUUUCCUCGGGUUCUGCCUUUGAUUGGGGUUGGAAGCCAGGGUCGGGGAUAGACGACGAUGAACCUCACCACCCGGGGCUAGGACCGGACUUUCUAGGUGGAGGAUUUGGCGACCCUUGACCGCCGCGAUUUUCUUUUAAUGAAUCUCAACGAGAGGCGAGAUGGCUGAUUUCGAUGCGAUUUACGAGGAAGAAGAGGAGGCGGACGACAACGUCGACGAAAACAUCGUCUCACUCGGUGCAGAUCCUGUCAUCGUCAGAGGAACUGGCAACAUGACUGUAUUUGGCCUGAGUAAUAGAUUUGACCUAGAGUUUCCGAACGGCCUUGUAUCAAGGGUUGCACCCGAAGAAUACCGGGCGACAGUUUCACGUGUAAAUAAUGUCCUUAAGAAAACGAUACCCGUGAAUGUCAAGUGGUUGUUCUGUGGUUGUGUUUGUUGUUGUUGUACACUAGGCUGUUCCCUCUGGCCUGUCAUCUGCCUCAGUAAAAGAACUCAGCAUUCGAUAGACAAACUGCUUGAAUGGGAGAACAGCCAUCUUUACCACAAAUUAGGACUUCAUUGGAGGCUGGCUAAACAACGAUGCGACUCAUCUUCUAUGAUGGAAUAUGUGUUGCUCAUAGAAUUUAUUCCAAAGAUACCGAUUUAUAGGCCUGACUAGUGUAAAUUAUGAGCUUGUUUUUCGGAAACAGGGCUUAUAAACAUUUGGGGACAACCACGACAGCUUUGCACAGCGAAAAGAAUUUUUGUUUUCUUUUUCAUCGAGUUUGCAUGAGAAAUGAUAAGCGUGAAAGUGUAAGAGAAAGUGAGAAAGAGAGAAAGGAUACGGGUUUUAUACUAUAUUAUAUACAUAUAUAAUAUUAAAAAAAGAUAAAACAUUAAUGAAAACUAGGCUAGUUCUCUUUAAAUAUAUUCCAGGAAAAAGUAAACAAUCAUCGUAUAGAGAGAAGAAAUGUAUUUUGAUAUAGUUAAAAAAAAAUUGUUUUCCUCCAAGCCUAUUUCAAUUCUUAUUGAACAACUUUUCCGCGUAUAAAAGAAAAACCCGCUUCUUUAAACACUGGUGCAAUUGAAUUUUUGUAAAAUUAUAAUUUGCAUACUUAGUAGAUGUCUAUUUUUCCAAAAAAUUUUCUAUAAAUUUUAAAAGUAGUUUCUAGUAUGUAAAAUGCUAAAUUUGAAAGUGAAUUUUAUUUGUAUUGAACAAGUUGUUUCUUCUUUUAAAUUGUUUAAUGUUCAUAAUGAGAAAAAUUAUUGUAAAUUAAUGGAAAUUUAAUUUAAACGUUAACAUGUAACAAUGUUAUAUUUUAAAAACUGAAACAUCUUCCAGUUGAUUAUUACAAAUCGAAUAAUUAUAAUUAUCAUAUCCAAUUUGUGAUUAUUGUUACCAGUUCUCUGACUACCAUAAAGUUCAAAUUGACCAAUUAAUAUUUCUUUGUCCUAAUGCAUUUGGUUUGAAAAUGUUGCUGUAUAAUUUUAAUGUAUUUUGUACUAUUAAAAAAAUACUAAAAUUAGUUAUAGUUAAAAUACUUUUUUACUUAAUAUUAUUUGACCUUAGUUUACUUACUAGUUUUUAAUUUGAAAAACAAAGGGACAAACAAAAUUAAUUUUUGUUAGUUGUAUUAUUAUUAUUAUUAUUAUUUUUUUUUUUUAAGACCACCUGAUGUGAAAUAUUAAUUGUUGAUAAGUGCAUUGUUGUGGAGAAAAUUUCUUAGAUUAUACAUAUUUGUAAAUAUUGUUACUGAAAUAUUAUUGUAACUUAUUAGUUAAAUAAAUAUUUUAUAAUAUA